AUUUGAGUGGAACAGAUUAAACAGCAUCUACUGGUUUCUUGUGAAUAUACUUGCCCUAGUGUGGUGUAAUUGUGGUGUAACUGGUUCAAGACAGAAAUAAGUGAAGUGAAAAUUAUAGAAUUUCAGGAAAAUUUUUAUAACGUUGCAAAGAUUUAAAAGGCUCCAAGAUGCACAGGCAAACUUCAGUGGAUAAGCACAUACUAGUCGAAGGCGGUUCUUACAUCAUGGAAGGAACUGAAUCGCAGGAGGCAAGAAAUGCUUGCUUGAUAUUUUCUCCAAAAACGGAUGAAGCUGGUUCACUUGCAAAAAUGUUACGUGUUUUCAAGGAUCAUGAUGUGAAUUUAAUGCAUAUUGAAUCGCGCUCCUCAACUAGAGGGCCUGGUUAUGAGUUUUUCGUGGAAUGUGACACUCGAUCAGGACAAUUGGGAAAAGCAAUCGAGGAAAUUCGCGAACAAUGUGGUUACUUCAAUAUUAUUUCACGCGAUUACAAAGAUAAUUUGGCAGCUGUACCAUGGUUUCCACGCAGGAUUCGUGAUCUCGAUCGUUUUGCUAACCAAAUUUUGUCGUAUGGUGCUGAGUUGGAUGCUGAUCAUCCUGGAUUUACCGAUCCCGUUUACAGAGCUCGCAGGAAGUAUUUUGCUGAUAUUGCCUACAACUACAAACAUGGACAACCACUGCCACGAGUUGAUUACACUGAGGAAGAAAUUGCUACAUGGGGAGUCAUUUUCCGGAAUUUAACUAAAUUAUAUAAAACACAUGCCUGCCGAGAAUACAAUCACGUGUUUCCGCUUUUGGUCGAUAAUUGCGGCUAUCGAGAAGAUAACAUUCCACAACUUGAGGACGUUUCGAAUUUCCUGAAAGAUUGCACUGGAUUUACAUUAAGGCCUGUAGCUGGACUCUUGUCAUCCCGAGACUUUUUGGCUGGGCUGGCGUUCCGCGUCUUCCAUUCCACACAAUACAUCAGGCAUCCUGCUAAACCUAUGUAUACUCCGGAACCCGACGUUUGCCAUGAAUUGCUUGGACAUGCCCCUCUGUUUGCAGACCCUGCAUUUGCUCAGUUUUGUCAAGAAAUAGGUUUAGCGUCUUUGGGUGCACCAGACGAUUAUAUUGAGAAAUUAGCUGCGAUAUUCUGGUUCACUGUGGAGUAUGGACUUUGCCGCCAACAAGGACAAAUUAAAGCAUACGGAGCAGGUCUUCUUUCGUCAUACGGUGAAUUGCAGUAUUGCCUCACAGAUAAGCCACAAUUGCGAGAACUGGAUCCGGAAAAGAUGGGCGUACAAAAGUACCCCAUUACACAGUUCCAGGAAAUCUACUUUGUAGCAGAUAGUUUCGAAAGUGCAAAAGAAAAGACAGUCAAAUUCGCCAACGCCAUCCCGCGUCCAUUCGGAGUUCGCUACAACCCAUACACCCAGAGCGUUGAAGUCUUGGAUUCGAAACCUCAAGUUGGAAAUCUUAUGUCGAACAUAAGUUCGGAGUUCCAAAUUUUACAGAAUGCGUUCCAAAAAUUAAAAGCUUAACUUUAAAUUGAAACUAAUAUCCAUAAUAUGUUAAGUAUCUUUCAUUGUUCGUUCAGUACCACCCUAAUUUUAAGAAAUGUUUUGUAAAAUUAUAUAAAUAAAAUGUUUACUCAUAA